UAACCAUGGGCGUGUUGUUAGAUUUUCGUAAGCAAAAUAAAUGAAAUCCUGAAUUUGGAUUCCCGUUAAUUGAACAAAUUAUAUUUCAGUUAAACAAGGCGAGUAAAACACAGAAUAAUGAAACUACAUGCAAUAACUUUCGAGUAAAACGACAAACGUUUUUUACGAAGACAAUAAAUGGGUGUAAUAGACAGAAUACGAAACAAUAUGUAAUUUACACACAUCUCUUUCCUCAUUGUUUUCCGUAGGAACUAGUUCUCCGUUUUGUUGAUUACCAUCCAUGUUUUCUGUAACAUUUAGUUCUUUCCGCUCUUGACUAUCAUUUUCUGUAUCCACCAUUUUUGUGUUCAGAUUGUUUCAGAUGGAUUCUCUAUACGUUUUCAGAGGGAGUUACAUGGACCGGAUGUUCGAUACACGUCUUGAAUCACGUGCUUUAUGACAAUGAACUUGAAAUCAUUUUCAAUUGCUAAUCUACUGUUGAAACUCGAAAUAAAUACUGUAACAUACAUACUUAAUUAAUUCGCAUGUGUUCAUUAAAAUUUUCAAUUUUGAAACUCGAUUUUAUGGAAACGUAUAAUAGAUAGAAGUAUGAUUUACUAUUUCUAGUACAAAUUUUAUCAUGUUUAUGUGUUUAUAUAUUUAAUUGAAUCAUUAUUUCUUUCAUUUCAACCGUUUGUUAUUGAACAAAUUUGAUUAAUAAUAAUAAACGAAUAAACUUGAAAAUAAUCUGUCCAAGUGUGUGUCUCGUAAUAAAAAUAUUUUAAAUAAUUUAGCUUUCUUACAGAUUCUCAUAACGUAGGAAUAUUAUAACCUGAACACAAUUCAAAUUUGAUUAAAAUGGCAAUAAACCGAUUUCUAUUGGACUUAAAAAAUUGAUAUGUUUUGGCGGGAAUAAUCUGACAGCUUGAGAAAGGUUAGACGAUACAGGUCCAAUUAAUGUUACUACUGUUGUAUUUUUAAAUUAUCGUCUGUUACAUUUCGAGACUAACAUUAUGUGGUGUACAACUCCCGAAAUUUCAUGGCAUAAUCGUGAUCCAGUUCUGAGUAUUGACGUGCAGGCCGGAAUUUAUGAAACAUCGAAAGGCGAAACGUUUUGGCGCAUUGCAACCGGUGGUGCUGAUUCUCACGUUUUGAUAUGGUAUAUAAUAACAAAUGAAUUUGGAGGUGCAAACGUAAAAUGUGUAGCAGAUUUGGAAAGACAUCAAAAAGCAGUGAAUGUUGUUAGGUUUUCACCUUCUAAAGAAAUUUUGGCUUCUGGUGACGAUGAGUCAACCAUUCUUUUAUGGAAACAAAAGGAGGAUUGUGAGUUCCACAUUAUAUCCGAUGAUGCUGAGAAUAAGGAGCAAUGGAUGUCUUGGAAGGUAUUAAGAGGACAUUUAGAAGAUGUCUAUGAUAUCAGUUGGUCCCCAGACUCUAAUAUGUUAGUCUCAGGUUCUGUAGACAAUACAGCAAUUUUAUGGGAUAUUCAUAAAGGACGUUCUACGGCUAUAUUGACUGAACAUAAAGGUUUUGUGCAAGGAGUAUCUUGGGAUCCUUGCAAUCAAUAUAUAUGUACGAUAAGUACAGAUAGGAUAUGUCGUUUGAUUGACAUAAAUACAAAAAAGACAGUGCAGCGAGUUUAUAAAGCUAAGAUUCCAACACCACCGGAUCAUCCAUUAAAAGAUAAAACAGUGCGUCUGUUUUAUGAUGAUACAUUUAAAUCAUUCUUUAGAAGACUAACAUUUUCAUUAGAUGGAAUGUUAAUUAUUGUACCAUCUGGUAUAAUAGAUCCAUUAGAAACUACAGAGAGAAUAUCCAAUGCAACCAUAGUCUUUUCAAGACACAAUCUAAAAGAGCCACUUAUGCUUCUGCCAUCUUUGGACGAAAGUACCAUAGCUGUAAGAUGUUGUCCCAUUUACUUCGAACUGCAAGAAAAUGGUCCAACUUCUAUGAUUGCAUUACCUUAUAGAAUAGUAUUCGCUGUUGCUACACAGCAUUCUGUAUUCAUAUACGACACGCAACAAAUAUCACCGAUCGCUGUAAUAUCAAAUAUACAUUAUACCAGAUUAACUGACGUUUCAUGGUCAAGUGAUGGUGGAAUUUUGAUAGUAUCUUCAACAGAUGGUUAUUGUUCUAUAAUACGCUUCCAAAAAGGAGAAUUAGGUACAGAGUACAAAGGCGAAUUUAAGACACCGAUGAAACACACAGAUAAUAGUAAUUGUAAAAAAUCAGCAGUAUCGAGUAAGACGAAUGAUGUAACCAAACGUCUAUCGGCCAUUGACAUAGAUAACAAUGCAAUGGAUAUCGAUAUCUCAGUAACCCAAAAGACAGAAGAUCUUAAGGAUUCAGGAAAUGCGGAAGAAGAAAGUAAUAAAUUGAACCAAGUUACAGUUCAAGAGCAGAAGCUAAAUAACCAAACAGAUAUCGAAGAAACUGAAGACAUCAAAUUAAUCUAUAACGACGAGAGUACAAGUAAAGAUGUAAUAGGCAAUACAAAGAACACAUCGAAAGAAUCGGACACACAUUCGACCAUUCCUGCUAAAGUUCCAAGGAGAGUACAGUUAAUUACUCUAUCGAGUCCGAAAGGACAUAAAAAUAAUAGUAUUUAGUAGAUAAAAAGUAAAUGCAAGCAUUAUAUAUACAGUGUAUACAUUAUUUUAUACUAUCAUCUUUUCUAUUUUAUAUACUACGUUACUAUAAUAAAUUA